CGACGCAGCAGUCCGUGACCAGACAACCGUUUCCAUAGCCACACAUAUAGAGAACUUGGACUGAGGAUGGAGUUCUUGCCGCUACCCAAAUUAUCUCGAGGCGAUGGGUCCAUCGCCGUUGCCAACCCGCACAGCCGCUAUUAUCACUCUUUCCGACACCCUCUCUUCAUUCGUCACCACAACCCUAUUACAUCGAUCCACUUUGCACCUUCCAAGCCUCAUCGAUUCGCCAUUACCUCUUCCUCGCGAUUGCUAGUCUAUGCGCCCCGGACAGGAAAGGUCAUCAAGACCAUCACCCGGUUCAAGGAUACAGCAAGAGGUGCCGAGAUAAGGAAGGAUGGAAAGUUGAUUGUCGCCGGAGGCGAUGAGGGUAUCGUGCAGGUGUUUGAUAUCAACAGUCGAGCGAUCUUGAGGACGAUGAAGGGGCACGAGCAGUCUGUACAUGUGACCCGGUUUUCACCCAACAACACCGAGAUCGGAUCAGCAUCUGAUGACGGAACCGUCCGUCUAUGGGACAUUCCAUCCCAAACCUGCUUGCAAACCUUCGACGGCCAUACCGAUUACGUCCGAUCCCUCGUCUUCAACCCCAAUAACCCCUCCCUCCUCCUCUCUGGAUCUUACGACUCGACCAUCAAGCUGUGGGACGUCCGAACGGGCAAAGCCGAGAUCACCAUGUCGCACGGCUCCAAUCUCUCGGUAGAGGAUGUCCUGCUCUUCCCAACCGGAGGAUCGAACGUCGCGCUGUCUGCAGGAGGACCGAUCUUGCGGGUGUGGGACUUGGCGAUGGCGGGUGGCAAGUGCGUGAGGGCAUUAAGCAAUCAUCAGAAGACGAUCAGCUGCAUGACUUUCGAUGGCGGCGCGAGGCGAGUCUUGACUGGAGGUCUGGAUCAGAUGGUCAAGGUGUACGAUGUCGAGGAUUGGAAGGUCGUGCAUACGAUGAGGUACCCCGCGCCGAUUAUGAGUCUGGCCGUCUCGCCCGACGACACCCAUAUCGCCGCAGGAAUGUCGGACGGCACACUCUCACUUCGUCGACGAGACCCGAAAGCCUCCGAGCUUGCCUCGUCAAAUUUACAAAAUACGGCAUUGAAAUCCGGUGCCUACGAAUACUUUGCGGACUUCGAAAACAUCUUUGGGACCGGGCACGUCAAGGACAAGAGCGCUGCUACAAAGGGUCGAGAGGAGAGGGUCAUUGGAGCUGUUGACGAGUUGAGGGUGGAGAGCGUCAAAAGGAAGAAGUUGAGGCCAUACGACAAGUUCUUGAAGGAGUUCAAAUAUGGAGCUGCGCUGGAUGCUGUCAUGGAGAACAACAUCCGACCAGCGACCGCUUUUGCCCUCAUCCAAGAGCUCGUCUACCGAGACGGCCUUCGAUCAGCACUGAGCGGCCGGGACGAUGUAACGCUAGAACCGAUCUUACGGUUCUUGUACAAGUACAUUGCGGAUUACAGAUUCGGGCAGAUGGCUAGUGAAGUUAUGGAUGUCGUAUUAGAUCUCUACAGUCUCGUUCUAGGGCAGUCAGCCUUGAUUGACGAUAUCAUUCGCAAAACCAAGUCGAGGGUGACUGGGGAGUUGCGCUUCCAGCAGGAGCUGCUAGCUUUGAAUGGGGCGCUGGAUAUGGUGCUGGCUCAAGCUGCUCUAGGAUAAGGCACAUUCGUUCCAUCGAUAUGAUAACGACCAUUGUAUGACAUUACGACACGGACAUUGUAUCGAUCUUUACGCAAAAGUACUCAAAGCGA